GAAGAAGAAGAAGAAGAAGAAGAAGAAGAAGAAGAGGAAGUGGAUAAACAUUGAACAGUAAAAGAAUGAGAGAAGGGAAAUUUAGAUAAAGGAAAAAGAUAGAAGGAAAAAAAACAAGAGAAAGAUUGACAAGAAACCUUCAAAUAUCCUUCAGAGUCCUUCAGUAUCCUUCAGAGUUCUUCAAUAUCCUUCACAGUCCUUCAGAACGUUUUUACCUCCUUCACACGCCUAAAACUCCUUACUACUCCUAUAAAUCACAUCUAACAUCCUUCAAAACGCCCUUAGUAUCCUUCAGACAUCCUUUAAACAUACUUCACAAGCCUAACAUUCCUUAACACUCCUUCAAAACACCUUCAGUAUCCUUCAACAUCCUUUAAACAUCCUUCACAAAUCUAAAGUUCUUAACACUCCUUCAAAACAUAUUCUAGUAUCCUUCAAAUAUCCUUCAACAUCCUUCAUGCAUCCAUAAACAUCCUUCACAAACCUAAAACUCCUUAACUUUUCUUCAUAACACCUUUAGUAUCCUUCAACAUCCUUCAAAUAUCCUUCAAACAUCCUUUAUAACUCAAAAACUCCUAAACACUCAAAAACACACAGGAUCCUUUAAAACAUCAAAAACACCCUAAAAAAAACCCUACACGCACACACAGAACACCCAGAAUAUCCCAGUAUCCUUCAGCACCCUUGAGAGUCCUUCAGGAUGGGGCAGGUGUUCAUUAGGCGGUCCACUGCUGUCCUUCUGUUCCUCGUCGGGGCGCUGUGCAUUGUGUGUGUGGCAUUGCUGGUCCUCCUCCUUGCCCCUGACUGGCGGCAAAGCGGUGGGGAGACAUCAGCUCACUCCAUGCCCUUAGACGCAACACCAAGGACAUCACCAGCAGCACCAGCACCGAGGAACACCCCAGUCAACACCCCAGUCACCACUACAGACACUGCACCAAAGGAACCGUGGGAGAAGGAGUACCGUAUACCAAGAACCACAUUACCGUACCACUAUGAUCUGUACCUUCACCCUAAUAUGGAACAAGGGGACUUCACAGGCAAGGUUACGCUACUUAUCGGCGUCACGGCACCAAUAACUUACCUGGUGACGCAUGUGAAGAAGCUGAAUGUGACGUCCACGGUGCUGGUAAGGCGUGGUGGUGGUGGUGAGGAGGAGGUGGAGGUGGAGAGGAGCUUUGAGUACGCACCAAAUGAGUUCUGGGUGGUGGUGCCUGAUCACGUCCUCCUGCCGGGGAAUUAUUCACUGACGCUCGAGUUUGCUGGCACUCUGACGGGUUCUAUUGUCGGGUUCUACAGGAGUACUUACACCAAUGCCGCUGGGGAGAAGAGGUACAUGGCCACCAGCAAGUUUCAGCCCACGGACGCCCGCAGUGCCUUCCCAUGCUUCGAUGAGCCGUCUUUCAAGAGCACCUUCUCCACCACACUCGUCCGUCCCUCCAAGGACUACAUCGCUCUCUCCAACAUGCCUGUCUUGAACGAGGUACAGGAUUCCCCCGCGCGUGGCCUGACGGAGGUGGUGUUUGAGAAAUCCGUUCCAAUGGUGACGUAUUUAGCCUGCUUCAUUGUGUGUGACUUCCAGCACGUGGAGACACUCACCAAUGACAACAAGCCAUUCAGAGUGUACGCCACGCCAGACCAGAUUUCCAGGACUAACUAUUCUCUGCAUCUCGGGGUCAACGUUCUCAACUAUUUCGAAGACUAUUUCAAGGUGGAAUACCCUCUGCCCAAACAAGACAUGAUCGCCAUCCCAGACUUCAUAUCAGGGGCCAUGGAGCACUGGGGCCUCAUAACCUAUCGUGAGGUGAACCUAUUGUAUGACUCCCGCGGCUCUUCAUCCUACAAUAAGCAGCGUGUGGCGGCGGUGGUGGCGCACGAACUGGCUCACAUGUGGUUUGGGAACUUAGUGACCCUGGAGUGGUGGGAUGACCUAUGGCUUAACGAGGGCUUCGCUAGUUACAUUGAGUACAAGGGCGUGGCUCAUUACGAGAAGGACUGGGACAUGGAGGGACAGUUCGUGGUGGAUGACCUUCACCGGGUAAUGACCUUGGAUGGACAGCUGACCUCCCACCCCAUCGUGCAGCCAGUCAGCCAUCCAGACGAGAUCACGGAGAUUUUUGACACCAUAUCCUACAGCAAGGGCGCCUCUGUUCUAAGGAUGCUGGAGGACUUCUUAGGACUUGAAGUGUUUAGAGAGGGCGUCAGUCAGUUCCUACAAAAAUACAAGUACCAGAACGCCGUGACGAGGAACCUGUGGGAGGAGCUGGAGGCGGUGGUUCCUGGCGGGGGGCUUAAUAUCACCGCUAUCAUGGACACCUGGACCAGACAGAUGGGGCUACCAGUCCUCGAUGUGUCCCCCAGCCCCAGUGACCCGAGCAAGCUGGAGGUGACCCAAUCGAGGUUCCUGAGUGACCCCACCGCCGUGAGUGACCAGGACUCCCCCUACGGCUACAGGUGGGACGUGCCCGUGACCUUGACCUCAGAUGCCUCGCCCAGAGAACUCCACUGGUUCAUGCGCCAACACCAGAAACUGGUGUUGACCAAGCCCCCCGGGUCAUCUUGGGUCAAACUAAACGUGGGUCAGUAUGGCUAUUACAGGGUGAAUUAUGACCUGACCCUCUGGCGUGACCUCAUUGCUCUCCUCUCCACUGACCCGGAGGCACUGAGUCCACCUGACCGCGCCUCGCUGAUUGAUGACGCCUUCAACCUGGCCAGCGCGGGACAGCUACCUUACCCCACCGUGCUGUCCCUCAUCGCCUACCUGGCCCGGGAGACGCAUUACAUUCCCUGGGCCACCGCCAGCACACACCUCGACAAGAUGGGACGCUUGUUGAGACGCACCGAGGCUUAUCCUAACUUCAGGAAAUACAUCGUGAGCCUGGUGGAGGGACACGUGGAGAAGCUGGGCUGGGAAGACACUGGUUCACAUUUAGACAGGAGGAAGAGGCUGUGGCUGAUGUUCCUAGCGUGCUCCAAUGGGUAUGAGCCGUGCAUGCGCGGGGCCAGGGAGCGUCUCUUGGCGUGGGUGAAGGAUCCUGCAUAUUACUUGUCACCCAACACUCGCUCCCUCGUCUACCGCUUCGGCAUGCAGACUCCAGGUGUGGAGGUGUGGGAGGUGAUGCUGCAGCGGUACGUGACAGAGACCAACGCGCAGGAGAAGACCAAGAUGGCGGUGGGUCUGGCUGGCACCACGGAGGACUGGGUGGCACAGAGACUGUUGGGCUUGUCUGCUAACGAGAGUGUGGUCAGGAGCCAGGAUUACUUCUCCAUGCUGAACAAUCUCGCCAAGACCCCCUGGAACACUCACCUUGUCUGGAGUUACGUCAGGUCACACUGGGAUGAGAUGGUCGAAAGGUUCACUCUCAACAACCGCUACUUGGGCCGUAUGGUAAAGUACGUCAUUACAAGGCUAUACUCGCCGAUUCACCUGCGAGAAGUGAAGGAGUUCUUUGAGGAUAAUCCUGAGGCCGGGUCAGGCGCCAGGUCAAGGAUGCAAGCCGUGGAGGAACUCGAAGGGAACAUUAAGUGGGUGGAACAGCAUGCAGAUGACUUGAAUGCAUGGCUGGACGACUGGAAACAUCAACAUAACCCCUAGUUAUUUUAGUCUUCCCUUUAUUUAGCAUAGGUUUUCUUUAAAUAGUAAUGAAAAAAAUAGUGUUCGAGAUUUUAUCCUGAUUAGUGUUAGUUUUUGGUGUAUUUUUAAUGCCUUUUUAUCCUAACUUUUUAUUGUUUUUAAUGUUGAUAUUUUGGAGUCAAAUUCAUAAAUGGAUUAAUAAACACGGACAGACAGGUAGUAGUGAAGGUAAUGUCUUUAAUGUGGAUAUUUUAAAUUUAAUUUCAUAAAUGCAUUAAAUAACACAGAGAUGGACAUUAGUAAAGAUCAUGUUUUUUUUUUUUUUUUAAUGUAGAGAUUUUGGAGUUAAUUCAUAAAUGCAUUAAAUAACACCAACACGGACAAACAGGCAGUAGUGAAGAUCAUGUUAUAUAGUGAAUAAAAAAAAGAAGGGGAAAUUACGUUAAAUAGUGACAUUUAUUAAAUUUUGUUAAUCUACUUUCGUGAUUGUUAAACUUACGAUGUUGUUGUUAUUGUUAAAAAAAAAAAACAGAUAAUCGACUAUAUACACGCACACAUGAACGCACACACGCUACAAGACAAACAUACAUACCCACACAUAUAAAGACACUGCAGUAUUCGCAAUGUAUAUGUAUAUCCUGUAUAUGUAUAGUAGUCAUAUAUAUCUCUUAGGUCUGGGUUUAUAUUGUGCUCUUGGUGUGAAUGGAUAGUUUAUUUGGGAGCCAACUUUCUGGCAACUGAUAUGAAGGAAAUGGAAGAUAGAAAAUGAAGAAUAGACAGAUU